CGUCCUCGUCGAGCACAAGUGUCUGUAAAGAAUCGAUACAAUGGGCUCCUCUGUGCUGCAGACGUACGUGGUGUGCACGAGUGUGCUGUACCUUAAGUUCCUGCGUGUAACCAUGAUCCAAGCCAAGAAGACGUUCGAGGCCGGCGGCCGCGCGCCAGAAGAUAAGGCUCUGCCGCUGGCCAAGGGCCGUCCGAAGCAGACGUACGGCAUGGACCCGGAAGCGGAAAAGGACGAGAAGAUCCUCAAGGCCCGCGAAGUGGAGCACCGUUGGCGUCGCAUCGUGCAGAACGACCUGGAGUCCAUUCCGCUGGCCCUGGUGGUGUUUGGCAUUGGCGUCGCCAUCGAGGACCGCAUCAACCCGACCGUGCAGAUCGGAGCCAUGGCGACGUACACGGUGCUGCGUUGCUUCCACACCGUCGCCUACGCUAAGAAACUGCAACCACACCGAGCCUGGUGCUGGCGUCUUGGCGUCGUAGCCAUCGUGGCAGGUGCCGUCAACGCUGUGGUUGGCGUGUACGCGUAGGACAUUUCUACAACAAGCAGCGCUGUAGGUAGAUUUAGACCCUAGAACAGUAAUUGAUGAAGAAUUCAUGUCUCCUUACUAAAGCGCGAAGACAAGCGACUAGCUUGAUGUUCUACGCUGACGAAUACCCUGCGUGGAGCUGGAUAUAUUCGUCACAGCAGGUGCAGCAGCAGACAUUCGGUGGGGCAUUCGGGC